GCGCCGCUGCGGCUCGGGGUGCGAGUGGCCCCGUGCGGGCGCCCUGACCCGGGUCCUUGGCGUGGGCAGGAGUUCCUGUAAACACUGGUAAAUCCUGUUGGUAGGAUACAUUCUGAAGGUUUACUACAGAAACUAUCAAGGAAAAAUACUUUGCGAAUGGGAUGAAUAUGCUAUUUCUGACUACUAACUGACAGAAACCAGCUGGGGACUUCACAAGUGAUGUUUUCAUUUUCACAUUGCUGAAUUUCAGUUUGCUUGUACUGAUUUAAAAAGAAGAAAUCAAAGUGGAGUACCGAAAACUUGAUAUGGAUAGUAAAAAAAAAGACAAGGACAAACCAGAUGAAAGAAUGGCACGGCCUAGUGGCAGGUCAGGCCACAAUCCACGGGGAUCUGGUUCUUCAAGUUCUGGAGUGUUAAUGGUUGGACCUAACUUUAGAGUUGGCAAAAAAAUUGGAUGCGGUAAUUUUGGAGAACUACGGUUAGGAAAAAAUUUAUACACAAAUGAGUAUGUGGCAAUUAAGCUGGAGCCAAUGAAGUCAAGAGCACCACAGCUACAUUUGGAGUACAGAUUCUACAAGCAGCUAGGAUCUGGAGAUGGAAUACCCCAGGUUUAUUAUUUUGGCCCAUGUGGCAAAUAUAAUGCCAUGGUGCUAGAACUACUGGGACCUAGUUUGGAAGAUUUAUUUGAUUUGUGUGAUAGGACAUUUUCUCUUAAAACCGUUCUUAUGAUAGCCAUACAGUUGAUUUCUCGUAUGGAAUAUGUCCAUUCAAAGAACUUGAUUUACAGAGAUGUAAAACCCGAGAACUUCUUAAUAGGACGACCUGGAAACAAAACCCAGCAAAUUAUUCAUAUUAUAGAUUUUGGUUUGGCAAAGGAGUAUAUAGAUCCAGAAACAAAGAAGCACAUACCAUAUCGAGAACACAAGAGCCUUACAGGAACAGCUAGAUACAUGAGUAUAAAUACACAUUUAGGAAAAGAGCAAAGUAGAAGAGAUGAUUUGGAAGCUUUAGGUCAUAUGUUUAUGUAUUUUCUCAGAGGAAGCCUUCCAUGGCAAGGUUUAAAGGCUGAUACAUUAAAAGAACGUUAUCAGAAAAUUGGAGACACAAAACGAGCAACACCUAUAGAAGUAUUGUGUGAAAACUUCCCAGAGGAAAUGGCUACAUAUCUACGUUAUGUGAGAAGGCUAGAUUUUUUUGAAAAACCGGACUACGACUACUUACGAAAGCUCUUUACAGACUUAUUUGACCGGAAGGGCUAUAUGUUUGAUUAUGAGUAUGACUGGAUUGGCAAACAGUUGCCUACUCCAGUGGGUUCAAUUCAUUCAGACCCUGCGCUAUUGUCAAACAGAGAAGCACAUCAGCACAGAGAUAAGGUGCAGCAAUCCAAAAAUCAGUCAACAGAUCAUAGGGCAGCUUGGGACUCCCAGCAAGCCAAUCCACAUCACUUGAGAGCUCACUUAGCAGCUGACAGACAUGGUGGCUCGGUACAGGUAGUAAGCUCAACCAAUGGAGAAUUGAACACAGAUGACCCAACUGCAGGCCGUUCAAAUGCACCCAUCACAGCUCCUGCAGAAGUAGAAGUCAUGGAUGAAACAAACUGCCAGAAAGUUUUGAACAUGUGGUGCUGCUGUUUUUUCAAGCGAAGGAAAAGGAAAACCAUUCAGCGCAACAAAUGACUUUAGAAGCAAGCAGAACAUGGGAAAUUGCUUACUUGUUCAACUGCUGUCUCGUGAUCUAAAGAAAAAAAAUCUCUGUAGUGACCACACAUGUUUU